AUGAGGAACUUUCCAGACGCCUUUUGCGACAGCGAAACCUGUCUUUGGAACAUUGCAUCGAUAUCUGUUUUAGCGAAUCAAGGACGGCUCAACAGUUUCAGCAGCUCAAGAUGGACUCCACGACGGAUCUGUUUGCAGUAUCCCGAGGCCGAGAAAUUGUAUCGAAGUCAUCGAGCGCGAAUCAACCCAAAUGCCAGUUUUGCGGCCGCUCACACCCAAGGCGCAAAGAGGAUUGUCCAGCAUGGGGCCGAACCU